UCAUUUAAAAAAGGUUUGGCACUCCUUAAAGUUCUUGACUUGGGCUGCGUUUCAAGAAUUGUUGAGGAUUGAACCUGUUGGGUGGGGGAAGACUUGGAGAAUGAGAACAGCUCUUACAGUCCUGGGUUUGACCCUCUCUUUGGCUGCAAUUUCAAGUGCCAGAACCCAUUUUACACGCUACCGUUCAUGGAAUUCACGAAUGUACCCAGUGUGGAGAGAUGGUGACCCUCGAUACAGGGACUGUUGGAAAGGUGGACAGAUAACAUUUGACAUCAAGAAUGACGCCCCAACCCUGAUCGGAGCCAAAACAACAUUUAAUAUCAAUGUUCUUCCACCUGGGAAUCAAACAGUACUGCCUAAUGGGACAGUGGUGUGGAGCCAAAACUGCACUAUUAAUGAAACCCAGUACACCAAGGGCGAACAUGUUUACCCAGAAUUCAACACUACCCAAGAAUGGACAGGGGUUUUUCCUGAUGGAACACCAUUCACUACAACUUUGGCAAGGCGACCUCGCUUCAUCUUUGUGUGGAAGACUUGGGGUAGAUAUUGGCAGGUGGCUGGUGGUCCUUCCUCUGCCCUCACUAUUGGAACAGGCAAUAUACCACUGGGCUCUUACAACAUGGAGGUGGUUAUUUAUCAUUAUCGAGGAAAAGACAGGUUUAUUCCUCUUGGAUAUGCUUCGACACAGUUCUCUGUCACAGAUCAGAUUCCAUUCAUAGUGACUCUGUCACAGACUGGUGAUGUUAACCAGACAGAUCAGAGCUUUAUCCAGAAUCGGCCUGUAACCUUCAACGUUGGUGUCCAUGACCCCAGCCAGUACCUCAGUGGGUCUGACCUUACCUUUACCUGGGACUUUGGUGACAACAGUGGAACACUUAUCUCCCGUCAACCCUCUGUUACACACACUUACCUCGCAACUGGUUCAUUUACUCCACAGCUUGUGCUGAUGGCUGCUAUCUCAAGUGGCUGUGUCCCAAAUCCAACCUCUGGGGUUAUAACUGCAGCCCAAGCAGUGACAGUGGCAUCAGAAGCUCCAGCUGCACAACCCUCUAAUAUGGAUGCUUCCCCUGAGCCUGUACUUGAGCAAGAAAGCAUAAUUUCUGCAAUUCCAGCUGCAGCUAACGACUUAGCCGCAGAUACAGCUGCAGAUCAGGUUUCUGAUAUUCCAGCCAUUGGUGAAACACCUACAGAUGGCAGUGUAGAAACCGAAGGCCUUGCAGUUGUUGAUGCUGCCGCUUCUAUUACCCCAAAUGAGGAGGUUGUAGCCGAGUCAGCUGUGACUGAUGCCGCAGAUUUGGAAGCUGCAGCAGUUGCCACUGGGGAGCCAGACACAUUAGCACCUUCUGCUGAUGUUAUUCUUAAUACUGUGGCCACAGAUGCUACAGUUGUUCAAACAGUGCCAUCUAUAGUACCAGUGGUUGAGAUUGUGGAAACUGUAAAUGAUGCUACCCCAGAUGAAGUCAUUUCUGAAGCUGAUGUAAUUACAGAUACUGCUACAGUUGCUGUUAUUCCCACCAUAUCUCCAAUAACACAGAAUGAGACAGAGGAAACACAAGCUGCUCUGCUUAUUGCAAAGCGUCAAGCUCCAGAACUUCCAGCAGAGGGAAACUGCAUGAUUUACCGCUAUGGCUCUUUUUCCUUAACUUUGGAUGUUGUUCAGGGAAUUGAGAGUGUGGAGAUUGUGGAGAUGAGUAAUGUUGCCGUGUUGGCCACCAAUGUGGAGCAGAAUGCUGUGGAUCUCACCGUCACCUGUCAGGGAAGCUUGCCGAGUGAAGUGUGUACCAUGGUGAUGGACUCAGACUGCAUCAGUCCUGUGCAGACAGAGUGUAAUGCUGUGACUCCAACUGAGUGCCAGAUGAUCCUGAGACGCUUCUUUAAUGAGUCUGGGACUUUCUGCAUUAAUGUAUCUCUGACUAAUGAUGUCAGUUUUGCUGUAGCAACUGCGAGGCUCAGUGUCACUGUGGAUUCAGGCUCCUCCUCAGCUGGUGCUGCCACUGCAGUACUUGGCGUUCUUGUGCUCGUCUGUGCUGUAGGCACCAUUGCCUUAACUUACAGGCGACUGAAGUCAUACCAGGUGCUCAAAGACGACUCGACACAUGGCAUCAUGGGCAUUUCUGGGUUUAAGUCUGUUCCAAUGUUAAUGUGGAACUUCCUGACCCGACAGAGCACUGCAGAGAGCCGCCCUUUGCUGCAGGGACGAGUGGUGUAAACACACAUAAGCAUACACAUAUACACACACACACACACACACACACACACACACACACACACACACACACACACACACACACACAAACACACAGAGCUUACUUACACUGCUUACUGACACUGAACAAAUCCACUCACAUUUAUAUUUGUGCCAAUGUUACAUUCAUAUGUAACAUGUCCAAUUAGUGACUAAUGUUCAUUUUGCAUUAAAAUGACAUUACAUUGUUCUAUAUCAGCCUGACCGUGUAUUGAGCAUAAGAAAUAAAUGUAAUGCAAGGGAAUUAUGUUAAUGUUUUAAAUAUGGAAAACGUAUGGCUAAACUGAUAAUAACUGCAUGUCUAAUACACACACCAGACUGAACACACACACACACACACACACACACACACGCACACAAUAAUUUGACUAAAGCUUUAUGUACUACUAUGCAGAACUAUUACACGUUCAUAGAGGUAGAUUAAAUGGGUUUCUUUAAAUGAAUAUAUUCACAUUGACUUGAAAUUAAUGAAAGAAAACCAUGUCCAGUAUCUUGAUCAGUGUUACUUAAAACUGGCCUUCUGCAAUAACUGUUUUGCUUUAUGGUUUUGCUAAUAAAUGCAUGCUGAUCAUUUAUGAGUAUUACAAAUCCUAGCCGAUAAAGAGGACGUAGUUCAUAUCUGUUAAGUUUAAAGUGCUUUGCUUUUACCUAUUACUGACUUGUUAUCCUGAAAUAAAGACAUUUUUGUGCUAUACG